CCUGUGGAACCCGCGAUGAACAGCUGAUCCUCUUCGCACUGGAUAAAACCAAUCACAAUGGUCAACGCCAAGUCAUAAUUUCUCAUCCCACGCAUGGCACUAAAAGUCUCUGGAGAAGCAGACAAAGGAAAAAUCACUAAGAGGAAAAAAGUGUGGAGACAGUGAAGGAGUGUUUUUAUUUUAAUCUUUUCACCGUGUGGACCUGUUGAUCAUCAGUCUGACCGACAAGCCUACCUGCCUCCUGCGCAAUUAUGUUAUUGCCAGCUUUCCUGCUUUUCACCUUGUCGCACUUUUUGGCGCCGCUGUUCCUCUGUUACCUGCCUCAAGUCUCCGCACAGAAACCUGGUUCACGGUGGCUGAUUGGAGACAGGGACAGUCACUGUGGGGUCAUCUGCCCUCGGACGCAAGGAAAGCCAGUGUGUGGCUCGGACGGGCGGAGCUAUGAGACCGGCUGUGAACUGCAGAGGGCGCGCUGCAAAGAUAAGACACUGACACUGGCACACCGCGGCCGGUGUCGAGGUAAAAACUGGGUGAGAAUCGAUCAGUCGCCGGUGGCUCCGGCACCAACUUCCCCGACUGAGGGGAGAGACUUAGAGCUAAAAGAUGCAGGUCAGUCCAAGUGUCGCGUUGAGAGGAACCAGGCUUUGGAACAAGCCAGGAGACCUCAGGAGUCCAUGUUUAUCCCAGAAUGCAAUGAGGAUGGGACAUUUGCUCAGGUGCAGUGCCAUACUCUGACAGGUUACUGCUGGUGUGUCACCAGUGAUGGCAAGCCAGUGAGUGGCUCCUCCGUGCACAACAGGACCCCGGUGUGUUCAGGAAACUUCCGUGAAUUUAUGGGAACUCAUGCUGGGACAAGUGGAUUGUCAGGGUCAGUAACUGAUAAACCACCUGGGCCACCGAACUCUGGUAGAAAAGUCUCUUUCCGUUUCUUUCUCACCCUCAACCCAGACGAUGGCUCCAAGCCCACACCCACCAUGGAGACUCAUGUCCCGCCAGAGGGUGAUGAAAUAACUGCUCCAACACUGUGGAUCAAACAGCUGGUUUAUAAGGAGAAUAAGCAGAACAGCUCCACUUCCAGGAAACAAGAGAAAGUUCCCUCUUGUGACCAGGAGAGACAGAGUGCCCUGGACGAGGCUCGGCUGAAUCCUCGUGAGGCAAUUUUCAUCCCUGACUGUGGGCCCGGAGGGCUUUACAAACCUGUCCAGUGCCACCAGUCCACAGGUUACUGCUGGUGUGUUCUGGUGGACACGGGACGGCCCAUUCCUGGAACUUCCACCAGGUACCAGGCGCCAGAGUGCGACGGUGCUGCACGUUCUCGCGUCUCGGACACAGAAGAUCCCUUCCAAGGCAGAGACCUGACAGGUUGCCCAGAGGGGAAAAAAGUGGAAUUCAUUACAAGCUUGUUAGAUGCCCUCACCACAGACAUGGUCCAAGCCAUAAAUUCACCAGCCCCCUCUGGUGGUGGGAGGUUUGUUGAGCCUGACCCCAGUCACACUUUAGAGGAGAGGGUGGUGCACUGGUACUUUGCCCAGUUGGACAACAAUGGCAGCCAUGACAUCAACAAGAAGGAACUCAAGCCUUUUAAGAGGUACCUGAAGAAGAAAGCCAAACCCAAGAAAUGCGCCCGCAAGUUCACCGACUACUGUGACCUGAAUAAGGACAGGGCCAUUUCCCUGCAGGAGCUGAAAGGCUGCCUGGGCGUCAGCAAGGAGGGUAGCUCAACGACAAGCAGCAACCAAGGGACAAGGCAAGGGACAAAUUUGUUCAUAGGUCGUCUGGUUUGAGAAGAGAAGGUUCCCGAAGCUGAGACGAGAGCAGAGGGCACAGAGGGAAGGCAUCUGUACGCUUGCUGACAGGAAAGAGAAAGAUGGAGCAGAAAAAAUUAAGAAGUUCCUGAGCUGUUUAAAAAAUGAACAGAAAAAAGAGAAAAGAAAACGAAGCGGCGCCAAAAUAUUUGCACUUUCUCCUCCCUAUGUUUGACAUUUUAUCUGUUUGUAUGUUUUUUUUUCUCUUGAAGUGAAAAAGUCUAGGUAAGACUGAGAAUAUAUUUGUAAAGAGAUGACAGGCUCACCACUGGAAGAGCAAGUAUGUGUAUGUUACCACAUUUCCCUUUGUGUUCAGUCUGCUGUUGCGAUUUGUUCUGUCCUCAGAUAACAAGAAGAGGUACUCAAACACAAUUUGUGACUGUUAACUAAAACAUUUCCCCUGUCGCUUAUAGCAGCAUACAGGCCAGUGGCAACCUGCUAAAGAGAAACUUCCAGUGAGUCACAUUCAGCCCGACUGUGGCCCGAUACACUCAUACUCCUAAAGGAAGAGCUACGGCAAUGUAGACCAAUUCAAACAAAUGUGCAAUGCCGUAUAUGAACAUGCAAUAUUAAGUGAACAGCAUGUAUUAGAUUUAAACUGUGACUACGGAGUCUAAUUCAUCAGCACAGAAUUAGCUGUAUGAAUCCCCUUGCACUGUACAGAACCUGCUAGAAACAUUAACAUUUCGGCUCAAGAAUCAGAUGUUUGUGAACCAAGUCCAAGAUGUGUUACGUCUGGUUUUUGUUUAGCACAUACCAGUGUUGGGGAAAGCUAGCUUGAAGUAAGUAGUUACUUUACUUGCUUACCACAUAGUUCCCCGAGGUGCAACCCAAAAGCAAUGCAAGACCAGCCUGUUGUAUGUAGUUUGUGUUUUCUCAGUUUAUACCAUGUUGUCUGCACAAGAUGCCUUUAAUGUUUUUCUACUAUUUUUUUUUUUUUAAUAAAUGGUCCCGCUAACAAACAUUUGAUAAUAAUAAAAAUAACAACGUCAAAAAGGAAAUAGUAACAGAUUGUGAGAAUUGAACAUUGUGUAAAUCGGUUAUCAAAAGUUGUGCAUCCCCAACACUUAAUACAGAAACUUAGCAUUAUCCUUUUUAUCCAGUAUAAUUUAUACUGUAGCAAGCAGCUGCUGAAACAUACAGUACUUGUAGAUAUUAAAGCUGCAGAUUUUUCUUUCCACUGAUGGUUAGCAAAGUCGUAAACCAGCGACAGAUAUACAACCCUGACAUGUUGCUUUAUAAAGUUUUUAUGGCUAACAUUAGGCCACAGUUGCCUCCAUACACAUCUAACAGACACAGAGAAACAUUGCCAACCCAAGUCAAAUAAAUACUCUUUUUUUAGGGUCUCCACAAACUCCAAGGACAGUAUCUGGCUAUUUAGCAGCUAAUUGUUCCAUCUUCUUAACCAGCAACUUUACUGUCAGAUACUCAGCAGAUGGCAGACAGAAGGUUUAUCAGAGAUUUCCUGAAAACAGUUUGAGAGCCCAUAAUAACACUGACAGUGAAAAAUACAGGAAAUUGAGCUAAAAGUAUCUAUGUAGCUAUGAUUGACAAAUACAUGCAAGCAUUUGAUUUGGUGUUUAUCCAUAUAAAACUGAUUCAAGUGGAAAUAGACAACGCUUUGCUUUAACUUAACAUUAUGAAGUAAAUGUUGAUUGCACAGUGUAUUGGCUAUACAAUAAUGACACCAUCAGCAUUUAGAGUGGUUCCCUAUAAGUCUCGCUUUCACUAUGCAAUUCUCUCUGCCACUGGGUAUAAACUCGAGGGAAUAUGAAGGCUUGAUUUACGGCACAAAGGAAGUCCGUCAACUACUGCGCAACCAAAAGAGGACGAGGAUAUUGUGUUGUUUUACCAGAUAGCUAUUGGUAGCUAUAUUUCAUAAUAAUUUUUUUUUACCUCUUUCUAUUGUCUUAUUGCUAUAUGAUAAAUGUGGAAUAUUGCUCAGGCAAAUCUGAUUUGACACACUACUUCAAUCUAUCAGUCAAUGUUUAUUUAUAUAGCGCCAAAUCACAACAAAACUCAUCUCAAUGCACUUUUCACAUAGAGCAGGUCUAGACCAGACUCUAUAUGUGCGUACACUGUGCUUCAGUUGCAUUGAGUAUAAAUGUGUCUUUUGAUUUGUACAGGGCUGUCUUCCUGGUAGCUACCACAGCUAAUAUGAAGAAAGCCAUGUAGAAAUCAGUUAGCUAAGCUAACAGCCUUACUGCCAGGGAAUACUGGACCAAUAUCCCGUCAGAUCGAUCUACUGUUUGUGCAAAGCAACAACAUAUCUCUAGCUAUGUUAGUACUAUGCAAUGUACAUCAUUAGCUUUUUGCUGUUUCCAAAUUCAUUAUAAAACUGUGAGAAUUUCAAUUAAUCUCUCAGUGAACAUUCCUUCUCUCUCAUUUCCUAAGUGGUGUUGAUCAUUUCAUCAUAGAUGUACAAUCUGAGGAAAAGAGAAAGCGAUCUGGUUGUCUUUAGUGACAGAGGGGCAAACAGUAAUACCACUUGUAAAAGCUAGGGGGGAUGGGUGAGGGUGAGCAUAGGAGUGGGGGGUAAAAAAGUUGUCUGUUUCCACUUUAAUACAGCUUUAAAUUCAAACCAUGUUGAAGUUGUUGGUGUACACAUCUUUUCUCACGUUGUAGUUUUAUGUUAUCGGUUAAUUUUAUGUUGAGAUACAAGUCAUUAUGGCCAGUUUUAUUACUCUACACAAUCGAACCUGGAAAACAGUGGAAAAGUGUGGUUUUUCCAGUGUGCUUGAAUUCAGUGCUGUUGAGUUUCUUGAGAAGUGUUUGGAGUUUGUUGGUUUCUUCUGGUUAAUAUUAAAAAUUACAAAAACAUCAAGUCUCGGACAAAGA